GAUGUCACCACACUGGUUAACCCCUCUGAGCCAGAUAUGCCAAGUAUCAAGGUGCAGGCUCGUCGACUUAUCAAGAAUGCUCAACAAGUAACCAUGGUUGACAGAGGAAGAACAAUGAUUCCAAGCACCACCCUCCUUUUGAAGCUUCCAGUCUGUUAUUCGAACUGAAUCAGCAUGACAGAGUGAUCUCCAGCCUUGUCCUUGUCAACACCUGUGUUAACGAGGGAAUCACUGACAUGAUGUCAGCUGGUCCUUUUGUGGCAGGGCUGAAAUGUGGAAAUGUUUUUGGGGGAUUCAGUUCAAUUAAUUGCAAUUCAUCUGAUCACUCUUCAUAACAUUCUGGAGUAUAUGCAAAUUGCCAUCAUACAAACUGAGGCAGCAGACUUUGAAAAUUAAUAUUUGUGUCAUUCUCAAAACUUUUGGCCACGACUGUAUAUGUUCCUGUUCGUUUUGCUAAUGGCGUGCCUCUAAUUUGUACUUUAUAUGUAUCAUGAAUUCACAAUGUAAAUACAUGAUUUAAUUAUUACUCUUACAAUUUCACACAUUUUCAACAUGUAUUUUCUCCAUCCUAUGCUUGACAAGCAGUUCCCUUAUUCUACCACUUGGCACUGUGUGUACGCAUGGUCAUGGCUGUGCGUAAAUUUAGGCACACUCUCAAGCAAACAUUCACAUGGCUAAAUCUCACACUUUGCGUGGACAUCAUCCCAUGCAUGGUUUUUACGUACAGAUUUGUGCCCACGCAUGAUUGAUAGGUGAGGCCUCUAGAUUGUAUAUAACAAUAUAUUCCACUCAUUAUCUGAAUUUCAUUGAUACACUAAGCUGAUGAAUUUCAAGCACAGAGACAGACGAUACUAUAUCAGUUGGUGUGUAACAGAAAGGAUAUGCAAUACUACAAUAGAAAAUGUAGAAUAAUCGCACAGCAUGUGAUGUGUGUAUAAUGCCUCACUAUUGCAUGCUUUAUUUAACAUUUGAAACCAAUGCAGGUGUAAUGUUAGUAUAUAUGAUAGUGUACUCUGUGGUCCUUUCCAGGUGAUCGCUGUGGUAAUGGACACUUUUACAGAUGUGGACAUCUUUGCUGAUAUUCUGGAUGCUGCCAUGCGAAAUGUUGCCGUGUAUAUCAUUCUGGAUGAACAGAAUGCACACCACUUCACUAGCAUGGCUUCCAACUGCCGGGUCAAUCUGGAAAACAUUCAAUUCAUGCGUGUCAGAACUGUGUCAGGGGUCACCUAUCACUGUCGCUCUGGGAAGACCUUCAAGGGUCAGAUGAUGGAUCGCUUCUUGCUGACAGACUGCAGGGCAGUCCUGAGUGGAAACUAUAGCUUCAUGUGGUCUUUUGAGAAGCUUCACCGUUGCAUGGCUCACCUCUUCCUUGGACAGCUUGUGACUACUUUUGAUGAGGAGUUCCGGAUCCUGUUUGCACAGUCCCAACCUUUGGUACUGGAAAAUGUCCUUGUUCCAAUGCCACACUACAGCAGUUUAUCUGACAGUCAAUACAGCAGUGAUCUGACACUAUUGUUCAGAGAUCCCAGAAAGUUCCUCCCCAUAGACAGCUCUCGUCCUGUAGAAUGGGCUAGACAUUCCUCUGAUGACCGUAUGGAUAUGGUUCAGAAUAUGAUGCCUCCUGGGAGGUGUGAGCCCAUCCACAGUUCACUAGAUCAGGGUCCACCAGAUAUGUACAGCAACAAGUACUCCUCCCAGCAAUUUAAACUGGAGCAGCAGUCUUUUAUGGCACAAGGUCACCCCAUGAUGCAGUCAAACACAAUGGAGUUUGCUGGCUCUAAAAGGCACAGUUAUGCAGAGGGCACUUAUGCCGGACAUUCCUCCUCUCAAUUCAUGCAGCACCAAGCCAUUCACAGCUUUGAGGGGGAUACGGCAACCCAGAACAGGAAGAUACAUAGGGAACAGCAUCACUAUCAGAGAACAGGGCUAGAACCAGGUUACAGCGGCUACGAUCAAUUCAGGGACCAAGGGUACCCUCUGAUGGAUCAGUAUUCUGAGUCUGGGUACCCACAUGGAAUAGCGAUAGAGCCACCAGACAACUAUGACCCUGUACUGAAUUAUUUGUCAUCAUCAAACCUUGCUGUGGAGCUGGGACAUGGCUCAAACAAAUUAUCAAGUCCAGGAGAGGGUCCCUUUAGUCAGUCAAACCCCAAAAGACUGAGCACGGGCCAGCCUCAUGCCUGUCAGACCACCCCAACACAACAAAACCCAUUUGAACAGAGAUCAUUUUAUGUCAGGUCUGGUUCGGACUGUAAAACACAGGAUCCCAGUGCAAAGCAGGGGAUGCGAGAUUGGAGGAUCAGCUCAUACCUCAGUGCAUAUGAUGAUGCAGGAGAGGAAGAGAUUCCACAGCCUAUGGGAAAUGACCCCUUUCAAGAGCCCCUUAAUCCAUCACAAGGCAAAUUAUUUGCUCCACUGGUAUCAGAUCCCAGGUUUAGUGCCAAAGAGUUACCCAAGAUUCCAGGGCUCAGGUUAAACAAGCCCACCUGCCCAGAACACUCAAGAACACUAGAAAUUAUUGUUAGCUUAGAUGCCCAAACAACACUAACACCACCUUCGGAGUCGUCAUCAACCACUGAAGGUGACAAAUCAGAGGAGAUGGAUGUAAAAGAGCCCAAAAGAGAAGAGUCAUUCCGUAGGAGGUUCAAUCCUGCUAUCCAAAGGACCUCGAGACUAAGAUCCUCACUAAUCUUCAGCUCACAACUCGAACAGCAUAUCUCACAGGAACAGAAAUGUAACUCUGGCCAACACUGUGAGGAAACUGCCAAUGAGGAAGAUGACCCAUCUAGAUUAUCCUUGACCACUCAGGUUUGGGGGAAAAGAAGAUCCAUUACAAGAGAACCUUUUGAAUGGAGACUUAAGUCAGCGAUAGUUGAUAAUUCAACCAUUGAGUCUUUGAAAUCUGAGGACAUCACUACUGAUUCGGGUGAUAAGGAAUUGACAAAGUAUCUUCCUGUGAGCACUGACAAGGUUUCUUCAAUGGAACAACCUAAUUCUGCCCAUGAAGAACAAACCAAAACGGUAGAAUCUGCACACCCAUCCAAACCUUCUCAAGUUGAGAAACCCAAAACCAUACAAUCAGCACACCAGGCAUCUUCAUUGAGCAAUAAAUCCUAUAUAGAUAUGAAUGAUCCAGACAGUAGGUUUUUUUUUUUUAAAGAGUUGGCUGCCAAACGAAAAGCUGCAAAGGCUGCAGAGUCUGAGAGCAGCGCUGAAAAAGCUCCUGUAAAACCAGUGACUCCAUUUGACUUGAAAAUUAAGGAACCAGUCACAAGGAUAGAACCUAACCUUCCAAUAGCCACACUAAAUCCAGCAGAUACUUCAACCAAUAAGCCAGCUCCAGCAGAUACUUCAACCAAUAAGCCAGCUCCAGCAGAUACUUCAACCAAUAAGCCAGCUCCAUCAACAGAAGCCCCACUUUAUCCAGCAGAUACUUCAAUAAAAAAGACAGCUACAUCAACAGAAGCAUCAUCAGAAACACUGGAGACUUCACCAGUGUUACAGGAGAACAAAACAUCCAUGGCAAAAUAUGGCUCCUUACUUGAUGUCAAAGAACAGCAUUCUAAAAAUAAAGAACAGCAAGACCUUCAACUUCCCCAAAGUGACUCCAAAACAUUCCUCAGGGAUAAAUUAUCUUGUGUCGAUGGCCUACUUAGAGUCUCUACUGAUACUGAGAAGAUAGAGCUGAAGAACAGCCGGAACCAAAGUGUGUCUAAAGUUAACCCUAGAGAUACAAGUACAUUUCUUAAGAGCACCUCAAAUCAGUGUUCCUUUAACAUCUCCCCAAAGGAUUUCAGUUUAUAUAAACUAUCUCCAAAGAAACCAAAGUCAUUCAAUCCUGCUUCAAAUGAGCUAAACCCAUCUCUUCCACUCACACUAACAGAAGCUAGCUCAUCUUCAUAUCUGACACCAAAAGGUUUAAGCUCAACUAGUCUCACUUCAUCAACAAAUGCAGCAAAGGAGUUGAGCUCAGCCCUUACCCCCACCCUUAAGGAGCCCAGUUCAUCUAUCCCCAUGUCAAAGCAGCCAUUACCAUCCUCUAAACCUAUCACAGUAGAGUCCAACAUACCUCUGAGCCCCACCCAAUCUGAGCCAGGUGUGUCUCAUAAGCAGGACAAAACAGAUUCCAAGGAAUCUCUCAGCCCUAUCCCAAUGCAAUCUUGCUCAUCCUCAAUCCCUGCAACAGAAUUUAGCCCUCUGCCAAACCCUACCCAAACACAAUCUAGUUUCUUACCCAAGUCCACCUUAGUUGGGUCAAUUUCAUCAACACCAAUGGAAUCUAACACCUCUCCCAAACCCUCCACAAAGGAGUCAUUGUCUACAAUUGCCACAACUGAGUUGAGGUCAUCCUCUCCUAAGACCAACCCAAUAAAAUCCUAUUCCUCCCCUUGUCCUGGCCAACAUGAGUCGGUUUUGUCACUCAAACAUUCCAAAACAGCAUGCAACUCCUCUCCAAAGCCCGCUACAGUGUCCAAUGACUCUUACAACUCUUCACCUCCAUCUUCAAAGCAUGUCAUGGAAGAAACCAACAAAUCUCUCAUCUUCACACCAACAAAGUCUAGCUCUCCUCCUGAGCCUACCCCAACAGAAUCUAGUGCUUCAACCAAUCCAACACCAAGAGAACUCAACCCUCUUCCUAGCACCACCCCAACGGAACCAAGUGCAUCUACUGGCCCGACCCUAACAGAAUCAAGUGCAUCUUCUAACCCAACCCCAACAAAAUCACACUCCUCCCUUACAUGUGGGUCAGGUGGAUCAGUUGUGUGUCCCAAGCCUGGCCAAACAAAGUCCAGAACUUCUCCAAACCUCACCCCAAAAGAAUCUUGUUCCUCUCCUAAUCAUACCCUAACUGAACCUACCUCACCAUACAACCCUGUCCUUGUGGAAUCCGUCCCAUCAAGCAACUCAAACCCAACUGAAUCCACUGCCUCUCAUGACACUGCCCCAGCUCCACCCGUCAUUGUGGAUAACAGUAAGGAGGGCAAAGCAAGUAAACUUAACAAGGAGCAAAAAGUGGGAAGUUCUGCAGCUUAUAAAGGUGAGAAGAUAGCAGGUGAUCCUGAAACUAAGAGAAAAACUGCUCCUGGAGAAUCUGCCUCCCAUGGAUCUCAGAGUCCUGAUGAGACCAAAGAGAAUAACAGCACUAUGAAACCAGAGAGCACAACAGAUCAAAGCAAUCCCAUACCACCCCCAGUGAAGCAACCUAAAGUAAGCCAGUCCCACUACCAUUUGUCUACUGCCAAUGUACUCUCUAGCAGCAACCUAAGAGAUGACACAAAGCUCCUAUUAGAGCAGAUUUCUGCUAACAGCCAGAGCAGGACAGAACUCAAUAAAGAAUCUGCUGUCACUGAUGAUGCCAAACAGGAUGAGGCUGACCGGGGUGUUAGUGGUAAGGAGGAAGCAUCAGCCCGACGACAGAUCGGAGGCCCGGCUAGAACUUCUCAGGAGAGGGAGAAGCUUCUUCAGAGAAUCGAUAGCAUGCGGAAGGGGAGGAAAGUCUACAGCCGCUUUGAGAUGGCGCCUUAACCAGGGAUCGGAAGGAUGAAGUGAGUACGGAGAAAGACCACAUUUUCCUCUAGAACUUGUCCUGUAACUAUGCCCAUUCCCCAAAAGUCUAAAACCACAGAUUGGAGAGGGAUCACUAGUUAACUAACAUAAAUAUUAUUCUCAGGUUUCUAUAUUAGAGGGUUUCUCCGAAUGGACUAUAUGCAUGUAAAGCAUUAAGGAUUUUGGGAACAAAAACUUGACUAAGUUUACCAACAUGGAUUGCUGUGUAAAUAAGCAGAGACUUUACAGUGUGGACAAUGGACCUCUGCUGUCUACAAAGGGGAACUGAAAAAUCCAAUCCCAUCAGCUAAAUGCACAACUAAAUGUGCAAUAUAUUUGAAAAUGAUUGUGUUCCUAGACACACUGGACGCACUGGUGUUGUUGACUGCAAUGUAAUAUCUGUCACUCUCUGGGUUGUUUAAUUAUUAUCUGUUUGAGGAUCUGUUUUAUAUACUAACAAUCAUUUCCAAAUAAUACAAGUACAAUCACCAUAGAAAAUGUAUUAAUCAUAAACAGUGCAAGAAUAGCUUUCAAAUAGUUGGACCACUUUUUUCAUUUGGAAUGCUUUAUUAGAAUUAUUAAAUCAGAAUGACAGUGUGCUAGAUUAACCAAAUGUAUGCAUGAAUAAUCAUGUGUAUUUGCACAAAAAUAUAUAUAUACAGUAUAUAUGUAAUACUGUGAUUUUAAUGCCACAGGACAUUAGGUCCCUUUUUUAAAAGAUGCUAUCUGUGAUUGCUACAUCAAUUUUGGACUUUUACAUUAAUUAUACACUACCGGUCAAAUGUUUUAGAACACCUACUCAGGGUUUUUCUUUAUUUUUACUAUUUUCUACAUUGCAGAAUAAUAGUGAAGACAUCAACACUAUGAAAUAACACAUAAGGAAUUAUGUAGUAACCAAAACAAAGUGUUAAAUAAAUCAAAAUAGAUUUGAGAUUUGAGAUUCUUCAAAUAGCCACCCUUGCCUUGAUGACAGCUUUGCACAUGUUAAACAAAUCAAAAUAUAUUUUAGAUUUGAGAUUCUUCAAAUAGCCACCCUUGCCUUGAUGACAGCUUUGCACACGCUUGGCAUUCUCUCAACCAGCUUACAACAGUCUUGAAGGAGUUCCCACAUAUACUGAGCACUUGUUGGCUGCUUUUCCUUCUCUCAGUCCGACUCAUCCCAAACCAUCUCAAUUUGGUUGAGGUUGGGGGAUUGUGGAGGCCAGGUCAUCUGAUGCAGCACUCCAUCUCUCUCCUUCUUGGUAAAAUAGCCCUUACACAGCCUGGAGGUGUGUUGGGUCAUUGUCCUGUUGAAAAACAAAUGGUCCUUUAGUAGUAAAAAUUAAGAAAAACUCUUGAAUGAGUAGGUGUUCUAAAACUUUUGACCGGUAGUGUAUAUACCUAUUGAUUCUUGAAGAAUAUGACUUGUAAAAUGUCCCAUCAGCUUAGUUCAUCUGUCGUACCCCAUCAGAACUCAAAAUAUAAGCUUGUUUUACUCAAUUGUUUGUAAAUGAUGCAAUUGUAAAAAAUAAAAUAAAUACUUAAUAGCCUCAGAAGAUGGUUAUAACUAUA